AUGUUUUCAAACAAUGAUGAAGCUGUGAUCAACAAAAAACUUCCAAAAGAGCUGCUGCUUCGAAUUUUCUCGUUCCUGGAUGUGGUCACUCUGUGUCGUUGUGCUCAAGUUUCCAGGGCAUGGAAUGUUCUGGCCCUGGAUGGCAGUAACUGGCAGCGAAUUGACCUGUUUGAUUUCCAGAGGGAUAUUGAGGGCCGAGUAGUUGAGAAUAUUUCGAAGAGAUGUGGGGGUUUCUUGCGGAAGUUGAGCCUGCGGGGCUGCCUGGGAGUGGGAGACAAUGCUUUAAGGACAUUUGCACAGAACUGCAGAAAUAUUGAAGUAUUGAACCUGAAUGGCUGUACCAAGAUCACAGAUGCCACGUGUACCAGCCUCAGUAAGUUCUGCUCUAAACUCAGGCACCUUGAUUUGGCUUCCUGCACUUCCAUAACCAACCUGUCUCUGAAAGCACUGAGUGAGGGAUGCCCACUGCUGGAACAACUGAAUAUCUCCUGGUGUGACCAAGUGACUAAGGAUGGCAUCCAGGCGCUGGUGCGAGGCUGUGGUGGACUCAAAGCCCUGUUUCUGAAAGGCUGCACGCAGCUUGAAGAUGAAGCUUUGAAAUACAUCGGUGCACAUUGUCCCGAGCUGGUGACUCUCAACCUUCAAACAUGCUUACAAAUAACAGAUGAUGGUCUCAUUACAAUAUGCAGAGGAUGCCACAAGUUACAAUCCUUGUGUGCUUCAGGCUGCUGUAACAUUACAGAUGCCAUCUUGAAUGCCCUGGGACAGAACUGCCCAAGGCUUAGAAUAUUAGAAGUUGCAAGGUGUUCUCAACUAACAGAUGUGGGCUUUACCACUCUAGCUAGGAACUGCCAUGAGCUUGAAAAAAUGGACCUGGAAGAGUGCGUCCAGAUAACAGACAGCACACUAAUCCAGCUUUCCAUACACUGUCCACGGCUUCAGGUUCUGAGUUUGUCCCACUGUGAGCUGAUCACGGACGAUGGGAUUCGUCACUUGGGAAACGGCGCCUGCGCACACGACCGCUUAGAGGUGAUCGAGCUGGACAACUGCCCCUUGAUCACAGACGCCUCCUUGGAGCAUCUGAAAAGCUGCCACAGCUUGGAGAGGAUAGAACUGUACGACUGUCAGCAAAUCACACGGGCAGGGAUCAAGAGACUCAGGACCCAUUUACCCAAUAUUAAAGUCCACGCUUACUUCGCGCCGGUGACUCCUCCUCCCUCGGUCGGGGGCAGCAGACAACGCUUCUGCAGAUGUUGCAUCAUCCUAUGA